CGGAGGAAGGCCCCCAAGAUGGCGAUGCUGGCGGAACCCCGGAGAAAGCAGAAGUGGUCUGUGGAUCCAAGGAACAGUGCUUGGAGCAACGAUGACUCCAAAUUUGGCCAGAAGAUGCUGGAAAAGAUGGGCUGGUCCAAAGGAAAGGGUCUCGGGGCUCAGGAGCAAGGAAACCCAGAACACAUCAGGGUUAAGGUGAAAAACGACGUGCUGGGAUUAGGAGCUACCAUCAAUCACGAGGACAACUGGAUUGCUCAUCAGGAUGACUUCAACCAGCUUCUGGCUGAGCUGAAUAACUGCCAUGGACAGGGUGAAACAGAGUCCUCAGUGAAAAAGCAGAAAAAGACAUUCAGCCUCGAAGAAAAAUCCAAAUCUUCCAAGAAACGUGUCCACUAUAUGAAGUUUGCCAAAGGUAAGGAUCUCUCUUCACGCACUGAACAGGACCUGUCCUGCAUUUUUGGGAGAAGGCAGAAGGGUGCCAAGACCCAGGAGGAUAUUGCUGAUCCUGACUCCCAGGAAGAGAAGGAGAGGAACAACUGGCUCUCCAGCCCUGGAGAUGGUUCCAAUACAGUGAAGAGUGCUCUCACUGUCCAGGAAUAUUUUGCCAAGCGCAUGGCAAAGCUGAAGGGAUCCCAGCAGGAAACAGAACCAAAGGUGGAUCAUUCCAGCCCAACAGCUGAAGAAGCUGUGGAGCCUUCAGAAGAGCUGGAAACCAAAGUCAAAAAGAAAAAGAAGAAGCAGAAAAGAGAUGAUGAGGCAGAAAGGACAGAGGACUGUGAGAAACCAGGGAAAAAGGCUAAGACAGGGAGCUUGAAUGGAAAAGAACUGGAUGAUCCACUCAAUGAAUGUCACAAAAGGAAAAAAAAGAGGAAACAUAAAGAGGAGAACGAAGAAGAAAAUAUCAGUUGUGAUGAAAAUAUGGGCAAUGGAGAAAUUUCUGUGGGAAUGUCUGAGGGGGAGGAACUCAGCACAGAGGAGCUGGAGGAAAAGCAGAAGAAACGCCACAAGAAGAAGCACAAAAAGCAAAAAGAGGAGACAGGGGAGUGUGGGGACGGAGCACCCAGAAAGAAAAAGAAGCACUGCAAGAACAUUUAACCCUUUCAGGCUCAGGGGUGAGUCUGUGUUAGAGGAGGCUCUGUGUAAACACAGCACCAAUCCAGGCUUGGACACUGCUCCAGCUCCAGUGGGGCAGACUGGAUCUAAACACAGGUUGGAUCUAAACACAGGCUAGAUCUAAAUUCAGACUCUAUCUAAACCCAGCUCCCCCAAGGGAAAAGCUGGUGAUGGGCCAACAGGAGCUUCAGUGCCACAUUCAAAAGGGAACAUCAAGACUGAAAGUCAGGGGAUGACUUUCUGCUGCUUCACCUGACUGUGUGUUUCUCAAUUCAGGAAAAAAGAAAUUAAAAAUUACCCUAGUACUGCCUUUUUAUUAAAAUUGUUUUCACUUGUGAAAGCCCAGUUCUGCUUCUGGAAGCAGGAGGGGGUUUGCAAAGCUGUUGGUGUUUUUUCAUUGAUUUUUGCAAAGUGGUGUCUAAUUUUUACAUUCAUCUAUUUUUACAUAUAAAGUGAUUGUUGUUUCUUCCCAAAAUGUUUACUCUGAUUAAAAGUGUGCUCCUGAAUGUCAGCAGCACUUAAAGGUGAAAUAAAAAGACCUCCCUGUGCCUCCAAA